UGUGACCGUACAUGGCUUUAUCUAACUUGAAUCUUCCUCAAAUCCAGGAUGUUUGCUCUUGUGUUUAGUAUAAACAUCUCAACGCUCUUGACAUUUUGUAUCAGAGGGCUUUCUGUUUCUCCCCUUUUAUAUUAGUUUAUCUAUCAUCCUUAUUUUUUUAGCACAGAAAAAAAGCUGCUAAACAAGAAAAAGACCCCAACCUACUAAAAGUUCAUAAAUAAUUCUCAGUUUAAACACCGUCCAAAUAGUUCAGAUUUUCUCCGCACAUUUUAAACAAACGACUCUUUAUUCUAUGUAAAUAAACCAGACUUUUCUCAUUUACAAAAUUGAAUAAUUCUAUUUUAUUUAUAAGUUUGCAUUGGUGUAAGUAAAUGAUGGGGCAGAAUUUCAGAGGUAUUCCGUCUAUGAAACCUGAAACACACUUCUGUCCUUUCAAAAGAUGACAUGCAAAUUGGAAAACCCAAUGAAGCCACCAGGAAACUUUAAUGCCAGUAAUAAAAAACUCCAGAUGACGGCUGACUGGCUGCAGUGUUGUUCCAACAAGUUUGAACAGUUUGGCAGGUUUUCCUCAUGAAAGCCCUCUGAAUGCGGAAGAGCAGCACAGACGGAGACAGGCGCUGGUGUUCUCUGGAUGGCUGAAUCCCACACAACAGGAGACCAGAAGCAGGAUUUGCAUGUUUCCUUGUUGGAUCUCAGUAUCUAUGGACUCCAGGAAUCAGAGAAAGAAGAACCCAAGAACCAAAACUUGUGGCCAAGACCCGUUGCUCGAAAAUGGCUUGUGGUGCUGUUCAUGGGCACAUGCCUCCUUUAUUGCACGCGGAUGACGAUGCCGGUGUGUGCGGUCUUCAUGGCCGCCAGAUUCCACUGGAGCAAAAUCGAAUCAGGUCUGGUCCUGGGCGGAUUCUUCUGGGGUUAUUGCUUCACGCAGAUCCUGGGAGGACACCUCAGUGACAUUGUGGGGGGAGAGCGGGUCCUGCUCAUGUCUGCAGCCUCGUGGGCUCUCAUCUCAGCAGGUACUCCUCUGCUGGCUCAUUUUGGCUCCCACCAGCUUUUUUUCAUGACUCUGGCCAGAAUCCUGAUGGGAUUAUUGCAAGGUGUUUUUUUCCCAUCCUUAGCUAGCCUGUGCUCCCAGCGAGUGGUAGAAGGAGAAAGAGGGUUUUUAAUGAGCACCAUGAACAGUGGCAGUCAUCUCGGAACUUUGCUUGCUGGUGGGAUGGCGUCUGUUAUGCUUGAGCAGUAUGGAUGGGAGAGCAUAUUCUAUUGUUCAGGUUUGCUGUCGGGAUUCUGGGCUCUCACCGUUUGGCAGUAUUUAUUAAAAGGUGAGGUCAGCCUGGUCCAGGUAAAAACACAGAAUCGCUUACAGCCAGGACUGUCCAGAAAACAUUGGCUGAACCUUUUUAAAAAGCCUCCAGUCUGGGCGAUGGUGUUUGCCCACAUGUGCAUAUGCAGCACAUCUUACACGUUCCUGUCCUGGCUACCAACAUACUUCAAAGAAUCCUUCCCUGAUGCUCAGGCAGGGGUUUAUAAUGUGGUUCCAUGGCUGACUGCGAUUCCGUCAGCGCUUAGUGGAGGAUUUGUUUCAGACUUGCUCAUCAUCCGAGGUUAUGGUGUCCUGACAGUAAGGAGAAUAAUGCAGUUCUGUGCCAUGGGUGCGUCCAGCUUGUUCAUCCUGCCGCUGGCUGGAGAGGUCAAUUUCCCCUCAGCUAUCAUCUUCAUUUCUGCUUCUGUGGGUUUUUCCACCUUCAGUAGUGGUGGUGCAUCUGUGAAUGUGCAGGACCUCACACCAUCAUGUGCCGGAGCUCUUUAUGGUUUUAUGAAUAUGAUGGGGGCCUUUAUGGGUCUGCUGCUGGUGUCCUUUUCAGGCUAUCUGAUAAAGAUCACCCUGUCGUGGGCCACAGUGUUCUCCCUCAUCAUUUUAGUAAAUGCCACAGGUCUUGGGAUCUUUCUCAUCUUUGGAGAUGCUCAGCGCCUUGAUCAGACAGCUCACUGCCAGCUCGUUGUGGUUUAAAAUACUGUCUUUAAGUUAGACAGAGAUCUAUGGCUGCUCAACCAUUCGAUUAUUCAGUAUCAAAUUCAAGACUUCUGGAGACUUGUUUUUCUUAAUUUAUUUUUUUAAUUGUACAAGAAAAGGAGAGUUUAUUCAAAAAAAGUAAUGAAAUUGUUCUGGGAAAUUGUGAAUAUGUCUAUAUAUCUGCAUUAAUAUGAACGGUAUGUACAUUUAUUGGUGCUUUCAAACUGUGUUGCCACUCUUUGCAAGAAAAACCACAUCAUUUAAUUGUAUUAUUUAUUUGCAAUGAAAGUCUCAGGAAAUCAAUGUGCACUAUUAGAGAUAAAUAUAAAAGCAGAAAAACUCUAGCGAAGUAAAUAAGACUUAAGGAAGUACAUCAUCUUGGACCUCAGAAGUUUGCAUAAAACCAGUAGCUUACAAAUGUUCCAGUGCAGUAGUAGGAUAUUCUCAUACAUGAACUGCAGUGUCUCAUAAAAUGAUCAGGGAAGAUGGGAUUAUAUUUUCUCAAUGAAAGCCAAAGCCACAGUUAUGUUCUGUAUUUCCGUAUUAUGAAAUUUCCCCAUUGUGGGAUUAAUAAAGUCAUCAUCUACCUAUCUAUUUGCAUUUACCAUGUAAGCUGUCCUUUGUUGUUCGGUUUCUUUUAGCUUUUUGCCACUUCAGCAGAAUUUAUUAAGUCAUUUUAGUGGGAACUUAAUUUAUUUUGUUUUUGUAUUUUUUUUUACAAGUUUGGAUAAUGACAUGUGACUAUUUGUUUAAACCUUUUUUAAAGAGUUGUAUAAUAUCUAUGAUUUUAUUUAAGUUUGAAUGUUUGUGUAAUUGCAUUGCAGGUAUUUUAAAUAAAAACAAAAAAAAAACGCAAGAA